CCCUUGGUCUGGACCUCUGUGGGUUUCAAACGCUCCUGUCAAACUGCAGCCAAUUUAUUAUCUUACCCACGCUGGGAGGAUGCUGGUGAGAGAGAUGGCAAUGUUAAACACACAGAUUUUCACAAUGGAGCAGCCCAUUAUCAUCAGUUUCACUCCUGCUAGGAGGAUGGUAUGGGAGGAACUGUCCUCUCAAAAUGAACAGUAUGUGGAUGAGGAGGUUGGGCAGCGGUCCUGUCUGGAUUUAAUCCCUUGGUCUGGACCCUUGUGUGUUCCUAUCUUUCCUGUCUUCUCCAAGGCCAAACCAGUCUACUACCUCACUCGUGCUGGGAGAAUGCUGGUAACAGAGCUUGCAGUGUUAAACACACAGACUUCCAAAUUGGUUAUUGAGGAGCCUACCAUUCACCUCACUGAAGCUGGGAGGCUAGUGCUUGACGAACUGUCAGCACCUUCAGAUAGCCAUUCACAGCCAAAUAGGGAAGACUCUGGUUUCCCUAGAAGUUGCAGCUGGUUGGGAACUGGGGGUCUCGUCCAGGUGGUCCUCACCAACAAGAAGCUGACUGGUAUUAAGGUACAUUCCUUGGUAGAAGGAUCCAUGGACUCAUGUCCUGACCUUGUCAAGAGGAGGUCUGAGUUCACCUAUUAUGAGGAUGCCCAGCAGGUGGAUAUCUCCACCACAGUGGAGGGGUACCAGGAGAGGGGAUGA